GCUCAAGACUUUCCAUUCUUAUCCGAAUUGAGAUAAAGACACUUUCUUCGUGAUAUUUUUACCUAGUAGAAUUCUCGUAUCCAUUUUGUUUCCUAAUUAAAUUGGAAGGUAAGUGCUUUUGGGACCUUAUAUUCAUUUAGAAGUUAGGCAUAGCAUGCCAUUAUUAAUUGUCCAUUUUUAAUUCUUUAAAACAUCUUAAAUAUUCAAAAGUUACAAACUAUAUCACACAGAUUAAUCAUUUGUUUCACCAACCAAGACUGGGAUCAGUAUCUUUUAUAAAUUGAAAAAUUAGAACAAGUUGUAUGUUGUGACGAAGACACUGCUCGGAAAUGGUACAACUGUAGGCCCGGAAUCUGUAGGUAAACGGGGCCCAUUGGAGUAAAACUGCAGAGGCCCGCCUUUUUAUUUGGUGGCAUUAAUUGAAUUUUCUGGUGGUCGUUCAACAUUGAAAGCCGACGAUUGAUGAAUGCCUGGAUUUGCUGAUCGUUGCUCUGCUUUUCCCUUCGAUUAUUUUUCGCACACAUUCAUCGAAAUUGCACUACAGAAUAUGAUCCCUGUUCCAGCACGAGACGGCAGUGUCCUCUGCAACUGCUUUGAUGUCAUUUGCCUUCUAUGACUGGUUUUUCUGUUUCGUUUUUUUCUCUUUUUAGUUUAUGUUCUUUUAGCUUAUUUUAUUGUGAAAUGACAUGAAAAAUAAGAGAGAGGAAAGGGUUUUUUCUGUCUUUUUUUAAUGAUGGAAUAUUCUACAAGUAGAAGACUUCAGUGGAGGAGAAGAGGAAGACUUUGGCUUAGGUGAAUUUUCUUGGCUUUUUCUCAGUUUAUUCUGGGCUUUCUAAGAAAUUCUUAUUUGGUAAAGUUAUGAAGCUUCAAUUGGCUUUAAAGGGUUUGGAAUUUACCAGGAAGAAGAAGAAUUGGGUUGUUUUUUUGGCGGCUUUCGGUUUAACUAGUUAUGGUUUCUAUAGAGUUUAUCACUUGCCUGCUAUAGCUCAAAAGAGAAAGAGAGUCUUAAAGCUUUUGGGAGCUUUGAUUUCUAUGGCUGAAGCUGUCUCUGAUUGUGCCGAAACAAUUGGAGUUGUUUCUAAAGAUUUGAAAGAUUUUCUACAGUCAGAAUCAGACCAAAUACCUAACAGUUCGAAGCAAGUUUCGAAAAUCACGAUGUCCAAUGAAAUCUCUCAGUCCUUAGUAAGGGUUACACAAGCUAUGACUCUGGGAAUUUUACGUGGUUAUCAAUUGGAGGCGAGAAGUGGUAAUGGCCUAUAUGUCAAUUCUAGUUCAAUGGAUAAAGUUAUGGCUAAGCUUUUUACUGAAGCUGGGGCUGGUUUUGCUUCUGUUGUUGCUGGAAGCUUUGCUAGCAACUUGGUCUUGGCAUUUUGUUCAGGUGAUCAAUCCGAUGAAAAAUUGAAAUCGAAUCCGAUUAGUUUGGAAAAGAAUUCUGUUCCAAGCUGGCUGAAGGUUGUGUGUGGUGAUAAGUGUAGAGAGCUGAUUGGUGAUUGUAUUCAAUUGUUUGUUAGUUCUAUGGUUUCUGCGUAUCUUGAAAAAACUAAGGAUGUCAACAACUAUGAUGAAUUCUUUGCAGGAUUGACUAACCCUAAGCAUGAAACAGAAGUGAGAGGUGUUUUAGUUACUGUCUGUAAUGGUGCAAUUGAGACUCUUGUCAAGACAUCUCAUCAAGUUUUGACAAGUUCUAGUUCGAGUAAGAGUUCACCUUCGUUGGCAAUUGAAUACAGACAAGAUGAUGCGACUGGGGAUAAGCUUUACGAACAGGACGGAUUAUUUACUGAACUGAAAGCAAGGAACUCAUUCGAUGAGGUCAAGAACGAUGGGUGGAUUAGUAAAGUGUCAUCAACUUUAGCAGAGCCAAGCAAUAGGAAAUUUGUUCUUGACGUGACUGGAAGGAUUACAUUUGAAACAGUUAGAUCUUUCCUUGAGUUUUUGCUAGAGACAGUACAUCAAGGCAUGAAAAAUUGUGUUAAGGUUUCUCAUGAAGCCGUAGUUGAAGGUGGUGUUGAGGUGGUGAGAUAUGUUACUGCAAAGUCCUCAGUUGUAGCUGCUAUAUGUUUGUCUCUGUGCUUGCAUAUUCUUGGCGGUGUCAGGGUUUUGGUUCCAGCCUAAUUUCCUCCACCAGGUCAUGCACCCUAUAGAGUCAGCCAAUUCCUUCGUAUGGUCAUGUCUUCGUUGUAUUUUUGUGUCUAACUCCUUGAACUUCUUACUUGCUUUCUUAAAAUUGUCAGCAGAAUCUGAGAAAGUUGCUUCCGUGAAUGCAAAAUAGUUUGUUUUGUUUUCAUUCCUUUUCAAGGUUUCAAAGUCGCUUCUGACAACAGGAAAUUAUUUCUCUUUUCAUCUCCUUUCACCUCAGAGAACCAACCGCUUUCAUCUUUAAGAUUCUGUAAAAUGGUAUUUAAUGUAUUUGUUAGGCAAUGGAUACAAGGUCCAAUCUUUUUCCAUUGUGGGAAUAGGAGACGGUUGAGUAGACAGCAUAAUCUAAAGAAUAAGAAAUCUCCCUAGCUACCAACGAAACUUGCUUGUACCCAUUUACAAUGUUUGUUUGUACAAAUGUAUUAAGCACGUGGACUGCAUUCAAAGCUUUGGGAUUAAUUGUCUAAUCUUGCUUGCUAUUUUUGACACUGUCUAAUCUGCAAAAGUUGUAUAAUAAGCUUUGCGACUGUGCUUCUACUAUGGCCUAGAAGCCCUAGAACUAUACCACCGAUGCUUGUUGCAAUGCCUUUAAUGGCCAGAGUUUGCUUCUGCAACCAGAAGAAGCAAUUUAAUGCCAUGCCGUGCCAGACAUGGACCGAAGUUAGCUGGUUUUCAUUGAAUGUAGCCAUCAAGGCAAACCUGACAAGUACGGAGCUCUUAGAUGUAUACUGAUUUCGUACAUAUAACAUAA